AUGAAUCUGCGUUUUCAUGUUGCCGAAGCAUCGAACUUUGUCGCAUUGGCUAUACCAUUGCUAUCGUGCAUUUCGCUUCUAUGCACGCUUUUCACAGCAUAUCAAACAUGGCGAUACCGUCAAUCCGUGGACAAUGCUGAAAAUCAAGUGAUGGGCUUGUUGGACGAGGCACUGCAAAAUAUGCUACCAGUUGGAGUUUGCAAACGAAUUUGUCAGCCAAACCUCAGCAUACCACUAGACAAUAAUGAUUCAAAAGUGAUGCUAAAGAAGCAGAGUGCUCCCAAGCAGCUUGAGUAUCCGGAAGAUGUUUCUGUUCCAAUUGCCGACGAAGACGAAGUUUACGACACUUUUGGACUUAGGAAGAGCGAGGCAAACCUUGAAUCAACUUGCCAACAGAUAAUCGCACUUGCUUUGAGAAGUAGAGAAAAGACACAACAUACAAUAGCCAAAGGACCGAUGAACAUCGCACCAACAACGAAAACUGAGAGAACUGCAUCACUCAUGUCCAGGACGCAGUCUCAGCGGGAUUCAGAGCGAAAAACAGAUUCAAAACGAUCCGAAAGCAGUGGAAAAAGGAAACAUACGUCUACUACGCCAAAGUCGGAGCAGGAUACUAGAGAAAAUUCACAUAGAAUGCUGAAAGAGCUUUCAAUGAAGUACACUGAAAAAACAUGCGUGGAAGAAUGA